AUGACCAGCAGAUUGUACCCGAACAUCAUAAUAACAGGCACUCCUGGUUGCGGUAAAACCUCUCAUUGUGAGAGCUUGGUCGAGAGCUUGAACGACGAGUUGAGAUCGCACUUUCAGCAUCUAGAAAUCAGCAAAGUAGCAAGAGAAAGAGGCUGUAUCGACGGGUUCGACCAAGAGAGAGACAGUAGCAUCGUGGAUGAGGAUAAAUUGGUGGACUCCUUGGAGCCAGAUCUCAGAGAAGGCGGUAAAAUCAUCGAUUGGCACUGCUGCGACGUCUUUCCAGAGAGAUUGAUUGAUUUGGUGGUUGUGGUCACAUGCGACAAUUCUGUUCUCUUUGAUCGUCUUUCUCAAAGAGGAUACCCCGAUUCCAAGAUCACAGAAAAUAUUGACUGUGAAAUAAUGCAAGUGAUCCUGCAAGAAGCCAAAGAUUCUUAUGCUCCAGAGAUUGUCAUUGAACUGUCAAGUGAGGACCUGGAAACGAUGGACGACAACGUUGAGCGAAUCAUCCAAUGGAUCAACAGCUGGAGAGAAAACAACCCAGACGGCGCAAGCAAUGAGCUAGACUGA